GCAGUUCGUAGGGAAAUGAUGGAGGCAAAAGCCAAGGAGGAGGAAGAGCAUGUGAGAAAAGUUGCAGCCCGAAGGGCAGAGCUUGAGAAGGAGACAAAUGAGAUGGAAAAACAACUUCAAGAACUCCGGGAGCAGCGGCGUGAGGCCAGCGUGGCACUUCUCAGGAAGCAGCUGGAAGCGAGGGAGCUAGGCAAGCGCCCUGAUGAGUCGGCUGAAUCUGUUGAGAAGCCAGUUGCGACCGUGGUGUCCCGGAAGGACCAGCUGGCGCUGUCAUCACUCAAGAAAUCCAAGCCUCCCAAUGCCAUCGACGAGGAGGAUGUUCCUUGCGGCAAGGGGCGCGGCAAGAAAAAAGCCAAAGCCAAGAGCCACGGCAAGCCCAAGGGCAAGGCUUCAGGCUCCAAAUCUUCGAAGCCCGCCAAGCGCGACGAUGAUGAUGGAGGGGAAGACGACCUCCCUCGCGAGGAAGCACAUGACCAGGAGGAGUGGCAGGAAUGGGCUGAUGAAGCAGAGGCGGUGAAGCCCGAGCCUCGCAAGAAGCCUUGCAGGGGAAUUUCCAGGAAGCGAUCCAUAUGCAAAAGCGGGAAGGCGACCAAGAGACCCCGCCGUGAGGCCAAGGCAGCCAACUUUUCGACCGAGACUGCUGAGGACAAGGCAGUCGACGCUGAGGAAGAGGAUGCAGAGCCCCCUGCGACUAGGAUCAGGGCCAAGUCCAAAGCUUCCAAAGGCAAAGAUGCUGCAAAUGAGAAGGCCGAAGGGGGAGAGGACAACUUGACGUUUGCCCGACGCUACUACCCCACCCGCCCAUUCUUUCAGAAGAAGUGGGAGGCAAUCAAGAAUGCCUACAAUGAGAGAAUCAAAUGGGCCGUUGUGGGGCACAGCAAGUUGGAGGAUUGCUUUUGGCGGUAUGUUCACACGAAGAUGGACGAGCGUGGCCAGACCAUCACGGAUCCAGAGGAAUGGCCCGAGAUGGCCAACAACUUGGCGUGGGAGUAUUUGAGGGAUGACGCCCACCCAGAGCUUCUAGGCUGA